GGACCCGCGUUUGAUCGCGCAGUUCUCACGGCCUGGUUUGGGCGGACCGCGGAGGAGUCCCCCGGCCGCGAUCCCCAUGGGGCUGUGUUUUCCAUGUCCCACCGAGGCCGCGCCUCCCUCGCCGGACCUGGAAGAAAAAAGAGCAAAGCUUGCAGAGGCUGCGGAGAGAAGACAGAAGGAGGCUGCAUCUCGGGGUAUUCUGAAUGUUCAGUCUGUGGAAGAAAAGAGAAAGAAAAAGGAAAAAAUAGAAAAAGAAAUGGCUACAUCUGGACCCCCACCAGAAGGUGGACUUAGAUGGACGGUUUCAUAAAGCACAGCAUGAAUGGAAGAGUCUACUGCCAGUAACUAAUACCUACAAUCAAGUGGACAUCCUCAGUUUAAUUUCUUCUCUUUGAAUAAAUGAAGGUUCAGACUUUGUAAUUUUAGUGCUCUCAAGUGCAGUGCUUUUUCAAAAUUGAAUAUUGAAAAUGCUUUUGAUUAUUAGAGUUAGAAAGUGGCCAGACCUUUCAUUAAAUUCUUAUUUUCCCUACCUUUGCUCUUCUGCAGAUGGUGGGUGAUUUGCCACUUUUUAGUAGUUAAAACAUUGACCUAAAUAGUGAAUAUAUAUUUGUAUAUUGCAUGGAAAAAUUCUGCAUAUGUCUCAGAUAUUUAAAGUUGCACUUGUAUUUUCUCUCCUUUAUGAAAUGAUCUAGCUCUUUAUAAUUUGCCGCUUAACCUUAUAUCUCAUUAUUUCAUUAUAUGUGAAGACUUUUGCUUAAACUUGUGGACUUAGUGCCUUUUAAACUGAUCAUCAGGGAAAAUCUUGAAAAAUCAUUUGAAGGGCUUAUAUGAAGGAACACUGUAAAUUUUUAUAACUUACUAAGAAAUUAAUAUUUAUUUCUAGAGAACAUAAAACAUCUCCUAAUUUCUAUUUCUGUAGCUUAUAAAAUUAACAUACUCUCUUUUACAUUAUAAUAAAGUAUUUUUUUUGCUUGCUGAAUUUAAAAUUAUAUGUUAGUGAUGCCAUCAGAGGGCAGUGAUGUACAAUAUACAGUAUUGGAUUCAACUCUAUAAAGAUCUUUGUAGUAAGUGAAUGAGUUAAAUUAAGAAUGGAUGGGUUAUACUUAGUGCGACUGUGUUUGUCCAAAUUUUAUAGGUGUUUUUAUUCUUUUUUAUUUAUUAAAGAAUGCGUAUAAGAUUUUUAAUGUGAAAUUGCCAAGGCCAGUAUGAAUGUAUGAGAGAACUAUGUAAGUAUUGUAUUUUAAAAGGUCUACUUUACACAUAAAAAU